AUGGGGGGCACAGCUACCGCGGCGUUUUCAUCAGAUGUUUGGACAUCGUCUAGCAGCCUAGAGGCGAGCCAGCAGCAGUGGGAGUUUUCAGUUCCAAUUAGGCAAGAGAGCAACAGACGUCGUCGCUCUAAAUCUCGUUCACGCUCAUCCCGGGACGCCAAGUCUCGAGAUCGUGGCUCCAAAGGCUCCCGCAGCUCCUCGAUGUCAAGGCAUGCACACGCUCACGAACAGGUGCACUAUUCUUCCCGAGGACACCGAGAUGCCAGCCUUAACCGCUACGAAAGUGAGACUGGGAGUGGCCGCGACCCAGGAAUUACGCCUCAUAUGAAUGGAUCCGCCAAGAAAGCAGAAGAAAAUGAGGGGAUUGGGCUGUACUUGAAAGAAACAGACAACGAGAAUUGGAUCCACCGGGACAAGUUGGCGAAAAUCGAAAGUGAAGAGCUGCAUCAAAUCUUGCUCCAGCGCCGCCCCGGAACUGGAAGCAUCAAGGCUGGACAUGGGAGAAGCCGAGAUCAACAUGGGAGCGUUAGCGGAAGUGUUGUCACCACGCCUCAAACGACCGAACCAUUGGAACCUUGGCCAGAUCUACAAGAGGAGCAACGCAACCACCCCGAUUUCCUUGCCCCUGAGGGCCAACUAAAUGGCCACGGUACGGGCGAAGAACGCAGACAUUGGGACCUUCGCAGGCCCGAGGAGAUUGCAGCAGAAAUAGAUGGGCCCGCUUCAAAUGUCUACCACAAUCCCGGUCUGCGAAAAAGCUCCUCUCGGAUACCAAUUCCCACAAUGAGCCCUGCGCCUCUUUCCCCUGAACACCUUGACCGUGAAUUGCCCAUGCAGCGGACACGGGCGUUAACAGGGGAGGAAGAUCCGCUGUCGUUCGGGAUGCCGCGUAGAGCUAGUGAACCAAUUACAGUAGACUCCGCUUCAACAUCCAGUCCGGCUAGCGAUAGCCGGCCUGGGAGUCGGGGCGUCCAGACAUCUCAAACUACACUAUCCAAGAAGACUGCCGCGAAACCUGGCUCAACAAGUAGGAAGGCUUCUGCUCCGCCUACCACCAGAAAGGCCACACCCCGCAACCGCGCGACGUCGAGUAACACUACGCAGCGUCCCACCACCAGGUCAGGUGAAACUCGUCCUCCAACAGCAGUCAACCGUCCGGAAGGAGACCCCCCAUGGUUGGCUACUAUGUACAAACCAGAUCCUCGACUGCCUCCGGAUCAGCAAAUCCUCCCUACACACGCGCGGAGGAUGCAACAAGAGCAAUGGGCCAAAGAAGGGAAAACACCCACGACUUAUGAUCGAGAAUUCGCACCACUCGCCAUUGCGCCUGACCCAACCCAGGUUAGAGACAAGGCUAAGAAGGAGGAAGAAAAGGAAGAAAAUAAAGAAAAGCCGCCAGAAUCGCUGAAGAUAGAGGGAUUGGGCCUAAGCGCCAUACCCAAGAGCCCCGAACCAGGAACCCGACCCAGCACUGGAACCGGAUACAGUCCGAUGCCGAAGGUGCAGGAGACGCCUCCAGUCGGGCUGACUCCGAAAUGGAAUACCCAAACCGUUGUGACUGCGCAGAGCCCUCCGGAUGAAAAAGCAGACAAAGGCUGUGGGUGCUGCAUCGUGAUGUGA